GCAGCAGCCGGGCACCUCCAUCCACUGCGCCUUUGAGUGCCGGCGCUGACCGGGAGGCCCAGGCGGCCGAUCCACCGGGGUCCAUCUCCCCUCCCCGACCCCCAGAGGAAGAUGAGCGCCCCUAGCCACCACCUGUCGCAGCCGGUGGUCAAGAGUGUCUUGGUGUACCGCAACGGGGACCCUUUCUUCGCGGGCCGCCGGGUCGUCUUCCACGAGAAAAAGGUGUCCAGCUUCGACGUGUUCCUAAAGGAGGUGACUGGCGGGGUGCAGGCGCCCUUUGGAGCCGUCCGGAACAUCUACACCCCGCGCACGGGCCACCGCAUCCGCAAGCUCGACCAGAUCCAGAGUGGGGGCAACUACGUGGCUGGGGGCCAGGAAGCCUUCAAGAAACUCAACUACUUGGAUAUAGGAGAAAUCAAGAAAAGACCAAUGGAAGUGGUUAAUUCAGAGGUAAAACCAGUAACACACAGCAAGAUCAGUGUGUCAGCUCGCUUCAGAAAAACGCCACAAGAACCCUGUACCAUCUUCUUAAUUGCAAAUGGUGACCUCAUAAGCCCAGCUUCUCGCCUCCUCAUUCCUCGAAAAGCCUUGAAUCAAUGGGAUCAUGUCUUACAGAUGGUCACUGAAAAAAUAACACUGAGGAGUGGAGCAGUGCACAGACUUUAUACUUUAGAUGGAAAGCUGGUGGAGAGCGGGUCGGAGUUGGAGAAUGGACAGUUUUAUGUGGCUGUUGGCAGAGAUAAGUUUAAGAAAUUACCUUAUACGGAAUUACUUUUUGACAAGUCAACAAUGAGAAGGCCUUAUGGCCAGAAAGCCUCCUCACUACCUCCUAUUGUUGGAUCCAGAAAGUCUAAAGGGAGUGGAAAUGAUCGCCAAUCAAAAUCAACCAUCGGAUCUGUUGACACCACGACACCUCAGCCCCCAAAACGGAAGGGGAAGAAAGAAGAUGCCAGCUUAGACAAACCCACGAAAGGGAAACAGAAUGUAAAGUUAAAGAAGUCAUCACAAGCACUUCCAAACAGUGAUGACGGUAUUUUCAAAGCUGGAUCCGAGAGAUCUGAAACGCGAGGGGCAGCAGAAAUCCAAGAAGAUGAAGAUACUCAAGUUGAGGUUCCAGUUGACCAGAGACCAGCAGAAAUAGUAGAGGAAGAAGAUAGAGAGAAAGAAAAGAAAGAUGGGGAACCGAAAGAAGACUUUUCAGGAAUGAAUGGUACUGUUGAAGAGGAAGAAGGUGGGGAAGCUCCUGAGCAAGCCAGGGAUGAUCCGGGUGACAGAGGGGACCAGGCAGGUCCUGCUCGUGUGAAUGGAGGCACUGAUGCAGAGAAUGGUGAGGAGGUGGACCAAGUUACAAAUGAGCAACAGGAGGCAGAAGAGACCGAAGGAGCUGGCAAUGAACCAGAUGAGGCUGAUGCUAACCCUCAGAGACCGCCAAGGCCAGAAGUAAAAGUCACCAGUCCAGAAGAAAAUGAUAACAACGAACAAAACAAAGACAGUGCUGCUGUCGCAUAAAGGAUUGUUCUGAACAAGAGAAUAUAUUGUUUAUGAGAGAAGAAUGAAGGGCAUAAUACUUGAAUAAUAAUCAUUUAGUUAUGGCAAAACAUAAUGUGACAAUAUGGUUGAACACUACCUACUGAGUUUUGAAACUAUAGGGUCUAAUGGAAAGACUAGACUAAUUUGCAUAAUUACUAUCAGAUAAUGACUUUUUUUACAGGCAGUGUUUAAAAGUCACUUAGAAAAAUUAAGUUAAAGGAUAAAAAGGAAUUUACACCAAAGACAAUUGGCAAC